AUGAAGUUCUCUACUGUUAUUGCCGCCGCCUCUGCCUUCGUUGCCGUUAACGCCGCCAACUCCUCCAACAGCUCUUCCAACGCUGCCCCAGCCGCUGGCUCCAACGCCGUUGGUUACACUGCCUUCGGUGCUGCCGUUGCCGGUGCCGUCGCUUUGUUGAUGUAA